GGGAGGUGUGCGGCCACGUGACUGCCAUGGCAACGCGGCCCGCCCGGCGGCCGGGGCGGGCGGGUGGAGCGGCCCUCGGCGCCUCCGCCCCGCGCGGCGUCCAUGACGGGGAGGCGGCAGCCGGGGCCGCGGCUGGCCAUGGCCGGCGCCCUGCUCGCGCUGCUGGCGCUGUUCUGCGGCUCGCAGCUUUUAAAAGCAUUUGAUUACUUCUCUCCUUGGAGUGGACAGCAGCAGUUGUACAAGCUGGAUGUAGGUUGGCCUAAAAUUCCAGAAUACUUCACUGGUCAAACAUUUUGCGUUGCUGUUGACUCUCUUCAUGGUUUGGUCUAUGUUGCACAAAGGGGAGAUAACAUACCAAAGGUGCUUGUGUUCUCAGAGGAAGGCUAUUUUCUUUACUCAUGGAAUAAUACAGUUGAAAUGCCUCAUGGUAUCUUUGUAUUAAACACCGCAACAGAUAGCUCAGUGUGGAUUGCAGAUGUUGGAACAGGGAAAUAUGGGCACACUGUGAAACAGUACAGCCCUUCAGGUAAACUUAUGCAGAUCUUGGGCACACCAGGUAAUGCUGGUUCAGGCUUGAAUCCCCUACAGUUUGAUCAACCGGCAGAGAUCUUUGUAGAGGAAACUGGGGAAAUCUAUGUUGUGGAUGGAGAUGGAGGGACGAAUAACAGAUUGCUCAAACUGUCCAAAGAUUAUAAAGAGAUAUGGCUGCGUGGACCAAACGGGACUGGCAUUGGUCAAUUCAAGAUUCCUCACAGUGUAACAGUGGAUUCUUUUGGACGGGUAUGGGUUGCGGACCGAGACAACAAAAGAAUCCAGGUUUUUGAUAAAGUCACAGGGGAAUGGCUGGGAUCUUGGAGCAGCUGUUUUGCAGAAGGUGGUCCAUAUUCUGUCAGAUUUACUGCCAAUGACAAGUACUUGAUUGUAGCUCAGCUGAAUAUCAACCGGUUAUCCAUCUUGGCAGCACCACCUGUUGGGUCUAUUGGGAACUGUGUUGUGGUCAGCACAAUCCAGCUGGCAGAUGAAACCAAACCACACCUUGUGGAUGUAGACAUGAAGAGCGGAGCAAUUUAUGUGGCGGAGAUUGGAGCCCAGCAAGUGCAAAAAUAUAUACCCUUAAACUGAUGUUUUUCCACAACUACUACUGCACAAGCUAUGUGGCAUGUAAGACCUAUGAUCACAUUUUCUCGAGUUUUCUGUAGCUUGUGUUUCCUUAAGACAAGCACAGAACAUUGUGCUCCCAGAACUCUAGGGCUCACAAACUGCCCUAGCCAUUCUGUAGUCAUGGAGAACUGUCCUGGGCUGUCACUCAGUUUAAUGAUGUUAUGGUGGUUUUUCUUUUUGAUGCUUGGAUCUGGAAAAUGACUUUGAUAAGUAUCUUUAUUUUAUUUUAUAAAAUUUUAUAAACGCAGCUGCUCUUCAGUGUCUAGAGUUUCAUCUUGAGACUCCUGUACCCAUCCUGCAUGCAUUGCAGAACUAGCUGAGAGAAGUGGUCUAAAUAGUUGAUUUCCUGGGAGCCAUUUUAAUAUUUCUUCAUAUGUUUUGGAUCUUUGUGCUAACAUUGUCCAACACUGAAUACAACGUAGAAUUAUGGUGUUGAAUGAGAUGCUGCUGGAUAUUGAUGUCAUUGUUGACACUGGCAUUUGCUUUAGGUGGUUAAUGACAUAAGUAUUGAAAUCGAAGUUUUUAGCCCCAGCUAAAGCAGUCAAGUUUGUAAUAGGUUUAAGUUAAAUUGAUAUCAAGCACUUCAGACUAAAUUAAAAGUGUGUGCACAGCAGCCAAGUACUGAUUCUUAACUAAAUUAAUUCUUGACCUGACUUGAUUUAUGUCAGUGAGUUUUCUGUUCCCCAGGAUUUCAUAAUGGAACGUACUGAAGUUCGAGUCAUUUAAGUUCCUCAAGGUAAACAAAUCAGAAUUUGCUAGGAAACUCUUAUUCAGCAUUAGGGACCUGAUAACAUAUAAUGUUCUCCUAAUCUUAUUGAUCUGAAGCUCAGUCAGUUAACAGCAAUGAUCUGUCACUUUGUUUUGGGGAAGUUUAGCUGCUUAAUGUUCUACACUUAGAUUUCCCCUGCCCCCUCAGCAACAACUCCAUUAAUAUCUUGCAUAAGUUUCUUCUUUUGAAGAACUUAUCCCAAUAUACUUGCAGAUGUCUCCAGGCUCUGUUCUGAAAAGGUACUGUCCAACUCAUUUUCAGAUUUUGUGCAUUUGCGUAGGUAUAAUUUGCUCAUUUACAUACAGUUCAGAACUCAAAUUGCACAAUUACUUUGCUUUCCUCAAUAUGAAUACUGGUUCAGAGCUCUCCUUCCAUUCGCAGUCCAGGGUGAUUCUAGCUUUUUUACAUGUUGUUAGAUGGUUUUAAGUUUGUUCAUUUCAUAGCAUAGUGGGAAAUGGUGGAGAAAAGGGCAUGGCAGGCUAGACCGGAACAAAAAUGACUCUUAUGGUGAAUAAGUGAGUUCCUCUCUAAAGCUGUGGACCCUCAUUCCUUGUUCAUCUACUCUCAGUGAAAGCAUUUGGGAGGAUUUUUGUGUUUCCACACACUUACUCUACUGCAGGGACUAUUUCAAAUGCUAAUUACAGGCUAAGAGGCAUUUUUUUCCACUUCCUUAGAUAGGGAUAUGGGAAAUGGAAUUACUCUGAUGGGAAAUAUCCGCUUCAGUGAGUGUCAUCAAAAGCAAAUGCAUCUUAAUUUGAUGCAGUUUCAGCAUGUGAUCUACAAAUUUCUUGGUCAGUAGAUGGGAAAGCUGACCAGGAAAAGCAGGUUCAUAUAUGUUACAAAAGGUAACUCAGCUGUGGAGCUUGAUGUCCUGAUUUUGGUGCUAUUUCAGAUUGAUUCACUAGUUACAAAUGCUUUGUUGUUGGCUAUCUCCACAAUAACAAAAGAAGAUCUAACCUGGCUGCCCUCAUGCCAAUCUGAGAACAGGGAGUUCAGGGUUCUACACUAGCAAAUACGAUCCAUCAUUCAUGUGGUGCUCGAUAGGAGCUUGUAAGCCAUAUUUAUUAGCUGAAAAGGUAGCAGUACUUCUUCUAGACCAAGGUGGGUAGCUCCAAAUAGUUUUGCAAUGUGUUGUGUGGAUUUCCUAACUAGGUCUCCACUAGCUCAGGGAUCUCUGCUAUGUGUGUCACGUAGCUAUUUCUCCCCUACAUGAGGUGAAUUUCUUUUUAAAAAUAUUACCAUAAUAUCAUUAACUAUGUUUGAGCAUAUCUUGGUGGUAUAAGGGAUCCAGACAUGCCCACUCUUCCUCAACACCUCCCCUCCUUAUUUAUUUGCUCUUUGUCACAUCCAUUUAAAACAGGGCUAGAAGCUCUCUGGGAACUUGCUUCUCUGUCCAGUAAAGGAGUAGCGUACUUCUGGAUGUUGACAAGUAACUUAUUUAUACAAGUCUGAUGCGUGGAUCUGCUCUCAACUUUCUUUUUCACAUUUGCAGCCCCUAGAGAUGGGGAGUACUCACCUGAUUGCCUGAGUUCACUGAAAUAGACUAUAGUGCCAAAAUAUCUAUAUCUAUAUUACAUCUAGGCAUUGGGUAUCUGUGAUAAGAAAAGAUAUUCAUUAGUGACUAGUAUGAGAUGGCCAGACUCCUUCUUACCUCUGUGUAUAUGAGCACACUGAGAAAAUGAUUAAUUUGUACAUUUGCUUGCUAACUUUGUGAGAGUUUUCUUAUGUAUCAUCUUGAAACUGAUCUCUGGAAAAUUUAAGAUAAUUUGGUAAAAUAUAUUUAGGAUUUCCCAGUGUGAAAGUUUGGGGUUCUUUAUUUCUGUUCUAAUGUCAAAACAUUUCAUUGCAAUGGAUUACUUUUCUAUAUAUGGGGUUUGCAGCACUUGAACGUUGGUAUCAGAAAUGAUUAAAUACCUUACUAAAAUGGAA